AUGUCCAACUGCAUCGUCCGUGAGUCCAUUUUGACCUGUCGCACUCUUCUUCUUCCCAUUCAUCCAGACCCUGGGAGCAGCAGGAUGAGCGCCCCAGCAGAAGUCCUCCUCAUCAGGGACCAGUACGAGUCCGCCUUCCACGCCCUGAACCGGGGCCUCUCCUCUGAAGAGGCUGGUCUCAAACCGGACGCUUUAAAAUACUACCGAAAAGCUCUCCAACACCUCACCCAAGGCCUCCAGGUCCCCACCGCAGGAGAGAGGUUCCAGGCCCCGGUUUGGGACACGGCCCGGAGGCUCCAACAGAAAAUGCGAGAAACUUUACAAACAGUCACCAAUCGUUUGUUCGAGCUGGAGACGUCACAAGAAGUGGUUGGAGAUCAGCGGAAAAGACUUCUUGGGAAUUUACCACAAAACUGUUACCCAGAUCUAGACCAAAGCAGACCUCCAAACACAUCUAUGUUUCGUCUGUACCCUUCUGUACCAGCCUCCAACCAGGGGACCUCCCCCAGCCCCCUUCCCAGGCCUGCCAUUGUCCCUUACCCCUCUGCUGGUACGGCUUCGGGUCCAGCCAUGGCUCAUCCGGCAGAGCAGCCUCCAGCCUACAGUGAGAGGCCCACGGUUCAGCACAGUCUGUACUAUGACUCCAAUAACAAGCUGGUGGCGGUGGCGACCAACGAGAGUGAGCUGGUCCACAUCCCGGCGGGGGUGCAGAUGUUUUUUGUGGCCCCCAGUGGUCAGGUGAGCUCGCUGUUCUCACCUGGAUUUCUGCGCAUUGUCAGCAUGGAUCCCAACGAGAAGAAUCCAGGAUCAAGACCGACUGUGUUUUUGCACGUGUGUGAAUGGCUGUACCCGCUGGCCCCCAACACUCCGGUGCUGUUGGCGAAGUCUGGGAUCUACAUGUUCCCGGACACGCUCACCACUGUCGCUGGGACCUUCGUGGGGAUCGUCCUGUCCUCGGAUCUGCCCCUCGCCGACCGAGAGCGGUUCCAGGACGUCCUGAAGCAGCUGGUGGACUUCAGGGUUCAGGAGGAAGGAGAGACUGGUCCCAUGCUCGACCUGAGUCAGAAAGUCCCUCUGCUUCCACCGCGACUGGGAGCCACAGGUGCAGAGAGGGAGAAACCUCCUCUUCCCUCCUGGAGCGAGCGGAUGGCGGAACGCAUUAUCCAUGGAGCGACCUGGCUGAGCGAAGAGUUUAGCAAAGGAGCCGACGUUACAAGUCGAGCCGUUCAUAAAUCUGGGUUUAAGAUCCGGGACAGACUCACCCCUGAGGAAACUCCGACCGAGGUCAGCCCUAGAGUCACCGAAGGACUGGAGGCCACCCAGAAGGCCACCGGGGGCGCUUUGCGGGUCAGCAAGUUUUUAGUUGAUGGAGUGAGUUCCGUUGCGGGUCACGUGGCGGAGAAAGUGGCUCCACACGUGAAGAAACAUGGAGCCAAACUGGUGCCAGAAUCAUGGAAAAGCAAAGACGGUCAACCUUCAAACUUUGAUGGAGCUAAACACGUAGCUUCCAGCGGCGUGAAAGGUUUCUCCACACUCUGGACAAGUCUGGAGGCGGGAGCAAAGCUAGUUGGAAAAAGCGUAACUGCGGAGACGGUAACCACGGUGAAGUACAAGUAUGGUAUGGACGCCGGAGAAGCCACCGACACGGCUCUGAAGUCUGUGGUCAACGUUGGAGUGACGGCGUACAACAUCGACAACCUGGGAAUCAAGGCCAUCAUGAAGACGGCUGGGAAGGAGACGGCGAAGGCCAUGGUCAAAAGAAAAGACGGAGAAACAGUAGAAGGAAUGGAUACAGAGAAACCUCAGACAGACUCUAACACAGACCUCACACUCAUGAAAACAGAGGAGAAAUAA